AUGCGCGUCUGUUCCACAAUAAUUUACAUGGAUAGAGAGAAGCGUGUUUUCUUUUUCACCUUUCUAUUUACGUGCGCAUACAAACGUAUUCCCUUUCCCCGAUUUACUUUAUAUUUCUUGAUAUUUUGUUCUAUCUACUCCUUAUUAACUAUUCUGUCUUUUCAACGCGUUUACUACAAUAUCCUUUCCUUUUUUUUUGCGUAUACCCUUGCUUUCCAGCCAUCCUUCCUUCCAUUCUUCCUCCCUUCCUUUCAUCCUUCCCUCCCUCCCUCCCUCCCUCCAUCCUUUCUUCUUUCAUUCAUUCAUUCAUUCAUUCCAUCUUUCCUUCCAUCCAUUGAUGUAUUCAUCCUUAUUUCCAUCCAUCCUUCCAACUUCCCUUUCUUCCAUCCUUAUAUCCAUCCUUCCAUCGAGCCAUCUAUUCAUCCAUCAAUUCAUCCAUUCAUCCUUCCUUCUAUCAUUCUUUCCUUCUAUCCAUCUAUCCAUCCAUCCUUCCUUCCCUCCUUUCAGACAUCCUUCCUUCCAGUCGUCAUACUAUCUUUCCUCCCCAUCCUUCCAUCCAUCCAUUUUCCUUCCUUCCUUCCUUCCUUCCUUCCUUCCUUCCUUCCUUCCUUCCUUCUUUUCAUCCACCCAUCCAUUCAUCCGUCCAUCUAUCUAUCUAUCCUUCCUUCCUUACUUCCAUCCAUCCACCCUUCCUUCCUACUAGCCAUGCUUCAUUCCUUCCAGCCAUCGUUCCCUCCUUCAUUCCAUCCAUCCAUCUAUCUAUCCUUACUUCCAUCCAUCCACCCUUCCUUCCUACUAGCCAUCCUUCAUUCCUUCCAGCCAUCGUUCCCUCCUUCAUUCCAUCCAUCCAUCUAUCUAUCCUUACCUUCAGCCAUCCUUCUAUUCUUCCAUCCAUCUAUCUAUCCUUCCUUCUUUCCAUCUAUCCAUACAUCCAUGCAUCCUUCAUUCCAUCCAUUCUAUCAACCUUCCUUCCUUCCUUCCAGCCAUCCUUCCUUCCUUCCUUCCUUCCUUCCUUCCUUCCUUCCUUCCUUCAUACCAGCCAUCCUUCUUUCCUUCCUUCCCUCUUUCUUUCCAUCCAUCUCACUAUCCUUCCUUUCAGCCAUCCUUCCAUCUUUCCAUCUAUCUAUCUAUCCUUCCUGCAUUCCUUCCUUCCUUCCUUCCUUCCUUCCUUCCUUCCUUCCUACCAGCCAUCCUUCUUUCCUUCCUUCCCUCUUUCUUUCCAUCCAUCUCUCUAUCCUUCCUUUCAGCCAUCCUUCCAUCUUUCCAUCUAUCUAUCUAUCCUUCCUUCCUUCCUUCCUUCCUUUCUGCUUCCUUUUCUUUCUUUCUUUCUUUCUUUCUUUCAUCCAUCCUUCCUUCCUUCCCUCCAUUCUUCCCCCCAUUUAUCCAUCAAUCCAUCCAUCCAUCCUUCCUUCCUUCUUUCUUUCCUUCAUUCCUCUCUCCUUCCAACCCUUCCUUUCAUCCAUCCAUCCAUCCAUUCAUUCAUUUCUUUUUCUUCUUUUUAACCAACAGAAAGAAAUGCCCUUUUCGCAUUUAUGCAUGCAACUUAGCUUCCUUCAUGCUUUAUGUGAAUCCUUAUUUCUCUUGUUUCUUUCUUACUGUCUAUUGUUAACCCCUAAAAUUAAUUUAAACUUUCUUUCUUUCUUUCUUUCUUUUUUCUUUCUUUCUUUCUUUCUUUCUUUCUUUCUUUCUUUCUAA